CACGUGUCUCACCCUCUUCGGACUCGCCAGAGACGUAGAACUUCCCGACACCUCCUCCUUCAAAUCAAAUACCAUCUCCUCCCCACACUCGCCCCUCCCGUACUCUUCUGUCCCAAUCCAAAUACCAGCCAACCUACGACUCGUCCCCCGAAAUCUCCAUCCCAAAACCAAAGCUCUGAUAGAUUCUAUUCCUCAAAGGAGGAGGAGGAGAGGAGAGAGAGAGAGAGCAAUUGGAGAGAGCCAAGAGAGGGAGGUGGUGAUCGUAGAAAGCUUCUCCGUCCACCGGGCGAUCAAACGCCGGGCGCCGUAAAUGUCUACAGGUUUGCUGGAGCCACGCGCUGCAACGUUGGCGUCUCCGAUCGUUCCACGUUUGGCUCCUGCGGCGGCGUCCUCCUUCCUGACGUCUCUCUCCUUCCCCUCGCCAGAAUCCGACGGGCCUCCAUAAACACAAAGAGGUCGGAAACUUUACAAACCACUGGUUAUCAUCACAGAGCGGAUAAUAGGAACAAGGAGGAGGACAAGAAGAAAAGCCAGAGAGAAGUGUUAUACUACUAAAACAGCUAGCUCGACAUAUUUGGAGGCCUUCUUCAUGGAUUGGAGGAGAGCCCACUUGAGGUUCAGCACUUAUGGAGACAAUGGCUGCUUCAGAGUUUGGGAGCAUUCCUUCAAAGGUGGAAGAAGCUGCCAACAACUCUAAAAAGAAUGAAGAUAAGAUGAUCUCUCCCAUAACUGAAGAUGGCUCUGUGGAUCGAAGGGGGAACCCUGCUGUCAAAGCAAGAACAGGAAGGUGGAAAUCAGCAAUUCUUUUGCUAGUGAAUUACGGGCUUGCAACACUAGCAUUCUUUGGAGUUGGCGUGAAUCUGGUUCUGUUCUUAACAAGGGUACUGAAGCAAGAGAAUGCUGAUGCAGCAAAUAAUGUCAGCAAAUGGACAGGCACUGUUUACAUAUUCUCACUCAUAGGGGCAUUCCUAAGCGAUUCUUAUUGGGGGCGGUACUUAACCUGUGCAAUAUUUCAGUUGAUCUAUGUGGUGGGUUUAAUGCUUUUAUCAUUUACAUCAUGGUUCUUGUUGGUGAAGCCAUCCGGAUGUGGAGAUGGAGAACUAGAAUGCAAGCCCCCAACAACGAUUGGAACUGCCAUUUUUUAUUUAUCAAUCUACUUGAUCGCCUUUGGAAAUGGUGGGUACCAACCCAGUAUUGCUACUUUUGGAUCAGACCAAUUUGAUGAAAUGGACCCUUAUGAAAGGCACUCCAAAAUAGCUUUCUUUAGCUACUUUUAUCUGGCUCUUAAUGUUGGCUCUCUCUUCUCCAACACUGUCUUGGUGUACUAUGAGGAUUCGGGUAAGUGGGUGAUUGGGUUCUGGACUUCAGCUGGUUCGGCUGCGCUAGCCCUUUUGCUCUUCCUGCUAGGUACUCCAAGUUACAGGCACUUCAAGCCAUCUGGCAAUCCAUUGACAAGGAUAGCUCAGGUCUUUUUUGCUGCUUUUAGAAAAUGGGAGGUUGAGGUCCCUGGCAAUGAAGUAAUGCUCUAUGAAGUGGAGGGAAAGGAGUCUACAAUUGCUGGGAGUAGGAAGAUCUGCCAUAGCAAUGAGUUUAGGUUUUUGGACAAAGCUGCAACCCUUACUGCUGAUGACUAUUGUAUGCAAGCAAAGACGAAAAAUCCAUGGAAGCUGUGCACAGUGACUCAGGUGGAAGAGGUGAAGUGUGUGCUAAAAAUGCUCCCCAUAUGGCUCUGCACCAUCAUUUACUCUGUGGUCUUCACCCAAAUGGCCUCUUUAUUUGUUGAGCAAGGAGCUUCCAUGAACACCAACAUCGGAACUUUCCACAUCCCACCUGCAAGCAUGUCUGUGUUUGAUAUCCUGAGUGUUCUCUUCUUCAUUGUUAUAUAUCGCCGGGUCCUUAUACCAGUUAUGUCCAGACUCUCCCAGAACCCCAAGGGGCUUACCGAGCUCCAACGCAUGGGGGUGGGCCUGGUGAUUGGGAUGCUGGCCAUGGUGGCUGCAGGAGUAGUAGAAGUCGAGAGGCUUAAAAGAGUCGAAGUGCCCGAUGAACCAAGCUCACUCAGCAUCUUGUGCCAAAUCCCUCAGUAUGCAUUUAUUGGAGCAUCGGAGGUCUUCAUGUAUGUUGGGCAGCUGGAAUUUUUCAAUGGGCAGGCCCCGGACGGCAUCAAGAGUUUUGGGAGCUCCCUCUGCAUGGCUUCCAUUUCUCUUGGAAAUUAUGUCAGCAUCAUGAUUGUUAACAUUGUUACAGCUGUGACUUCUAGGGACAAGAAUCCUGGUUGGAUCCCAGGAAACCUCAAUCGGGGGCAUCUUGAGAGGUUCUACUUCCUGCUUGCCACACUAACAGUGGUAGAUUUCAUUGUGUACUUAGUGUGUGCUAGGUGGUACAAGUGCAUCAAGCUUGAGACCAAUGAUGAAGAAGAAGAGAUGAUUGUGAAGGUCUAGAGACUAAAAUAAGGACCCCUUUUGGGCCUAUUUUUAUAUCAGAUUGGUUCUUCUAAUUAAUGCUUAAUAAGUUGGUGCAUUAGAUGUUUUAGUUUCUUUCAGAAUAAUUAAGAAAAAUGAGCUCUUUGAUGCUCUUUCAGUCUGCCUUUUGUGCUUGCUGUUAUAUGGGAAACUCAGGUAGCUUGAAUAAAUUGGACGAUCUUCUGGCAUGCACUGUUUUUAUGUGCAA